UAAUUCCGUACUUUAGUUGAGUAGAGGAGGCAUGGAGGCGAUUCUAAACUGGCGAUCGGAGGAUUUUGAGAAUUAUUAUGGGCUGCUCGGGUGUGAUGAACUCUCAACGACUGAACAGAUCGUUAAUGAGUUUAAAGUCAAAGCUCUGGCCUGUCACCCUGACAAACAUCCAGAGAACCCUAAAGCAGUCGAGGAGUUCCAGAAGUUACAUGAAGCUAAAGAGGUUCUGACAGAUGAGAAGAAAAGGAAGAGUUAUGAUCUGUGGCUCAGAAGUCAAAUUCAAAUCCCGUUCAGUGAGUGGCAGGCGCUCAGUGACUCUGUUAAAACAUCAAUGCAUUGGGCUGUGCGUGCCAAGAAAGAGCCGAUGCUCGAGGCCCCAAAAGACACAAACACGAUGAGCUCACGAAAUCAAGUGAGUCCAUCAGACAGACAAACAACCGAGGAGGAAAAACCGACCGACGAAUCCCUGCCGUCAAGUGAUUAUUGGCAUAACAGGUUCCGCUGGGCCGGUGAAGCUCCUUCAGGACUUCUGCAGAAGUUCAGGAACUAUGAAAUAUAGAUUCAUCCCUUCUUGUCUUGUUUGAUGGAUGUGUUCAGUGUAUCAGAACUGACCAAUUGAUGUACUGUGUGUCAUCAUGUGUGCUGUUGCAUUUAAUGUGUAGCACCAAUGCUUUAUAUGCCUUUGUAAAAGGAGGCGGCGAGGACCGGCUUGACAAUAUAAAUAAUAUUUAAUAAUAAACUGAAACAAAAAGACACAAACACACACAGGUGUCGGACAGCUGCCCGUAACACUCUCUCUCGCACUGCCGUCUCCGGUCGGCCUUUAUCCCUCUCUGAGGCUUGAUUAACCUGAUUAGGGGCCUGGUGAGCGAAUCACGACCCCGUCCUCCGCCCUGCCACAUUCCUCCCUCGUUCUCUCAGGCCGGGGAGCUCCCAGCAUGACGUACAUACACCCUCCCCUUUUCCCUGGGGAGGGGCGUGCCUUCCGCCCCUUCUGCCGGCAGGUCAUCCCCGUCUACCUGGAUGAGGGAGGGGACAAGGGGAGGGAAACCUACACGCUGUAACGACGAUCGUGCCAAAUUAACAAAAACAUUUUAAAAAAGAGGGAAAGGCCAACAGGAGUGGCAGUGGAAGAGAGAGAGAACACUUACUCGCCGGUCCUCGGCCACUCCUCCAAUGGACGACAGCUGCACCUCCCCGGAUGGAUCAGAGGCAGCCUUCCGGCCCCUGGCGGACGGAAUGCCCCGCCGUGUUCUCGGGAAACAGAAGGGGUGGGCCAGGAGCUCCUCCCUGCUCACGGUUGGCGGUCUCAUACCCUGCCACGUUCCACCCCUGGCAGUGGCCCGGAGCACUCCAGGCGGUCGGUUAGGAGCCCCUUCUCCCUUUGUCCACUCUCAGGCUUCCGGGCUCCUCCGUCCUCCGGCGGAUGGCCGCGGCUGAUGGUUGUGGCGAGGACUCUACUACGGCGCAUCCCUCCUCCUUCCCGGGUUUCGGCAUCAAUGUAAAGAGGUUAAAGGGAAAGGAGGCGGCGAGAACCGGCUUGACAGUAUAAAUAAUAUUUUAAUAAAAAACUAUUUUAAUAACAAACACACAGGUGUCGGACAGCUGCCCGUAAAUCUCUCUCUCUGUCCCAUUGCCGUCUCCAGUCAGCCUUUAUCCCUCUCGGAGGCUCGAUUAGCCUGAUUAGCCCUGACCUUUAUGCUACGUCAAGCUACUAUAAACUUAAAUAGUUGUUAAUAAUAAAUACAAUUAAUUUAUAAUACAUUUUAAAUCAGAAGUGUCUUCAAAGGCAAAAGCUCUUAUGAGUCCCUUGUGUUGUGAUGUUGUGUGCUUAUGUGUUUAAAUACAGUACGUGCAUUAUUGUGUUGAUGAAAUUGACAUGUACAUUGUCUGUAGGCGUGUGCAUUAUACAUAAGUUGUCUGCCAAAUUGCAAAAAUAAAACAACCUAUUGUAUAACAGGCCAAAAAUACUGACAUUAUUAUUUUUCCACGGAUGUGCAAACGUAUAACGAUAGAUAAGAACCAAUCACAUCAGAUAUUGUAUUUACUUGAU